AUGGACGGCCCCGGCGCGGCGCCAGACGCGCCUGCGCGCCGCGGCGGUGCGGGCGCCGCCACGCGCCGCCGCCUGGUGGAGGAGGGUGCGGCGGACGCCGCGCACCUGGCAUGUGUGCGGCUCGCCGCGCCCAAGGGCGACACCAGCGGCGCCUCGCUGGCGGCGAGCUCGGCGCCGGCUGAGGUGGCGCUCGCACGCGUUGAGGACCGCGCCGGCGGCCGGGUGGCGGUUUGCACAACCCCGCUGGCCGGGACCUAUGCGGUCGUGCGCUACGAGGUGCCGCCGUCUGCGGCCACCGCGGCGGCAGCAGGGGCCGAGCGGGCUGCCCAGGGCAUGGGGUCCGCAGCAGAGGGCGCAGCCGAGGCGGCGUCGGCAGGCCCCGUGUUCAGCGACGCGCCUGUCAAUGGCAGCCAAUACCAGGUCUUCACCUUCACAUUCAACAUGGAUUACGCCCAGAUCACUGCUGACUCAGCGAAGCUCUCCGCGUUCAAGGAGGACCUGCGCCGCGCCUUCCUAUCCGGCGUCGCGUCGGCCUGGCCCGCCGCCGCCCCGCCCCUCGCGGCCCCGUUGGGCGCGCUGCCGCUGCGCCGCGUGUCCGUCACCAGGGUCGCGGCCGGGUCGGUGCGCGCGGAGGUGCAGCUUCUGCUGCCCGACGGCACGACAGCGGCGCAGGCGGCGCGGCUGCGGGCAUUGGUAACCUCGGACCCUGCCGCGCUGCUGGCCGGCUCAGACCUCGCGACCAAGGUCACCGGUGCCGCCGCAGGCAGCCUCGACGCCGUGACGGCGCGGCGUGCAGCUUCCAAGGCCGCCCUUGGGCCGGGCCCGAUUGCCGGGAUCGUCGUCGCCAGUGUCGCCGCCGCGGCUGUCCUGGCGGUAGCGCUCGCGGCGGUGAUUGUGGCCCGCAAGAAGCGCGCCGCCUCUGCCGUUAUCACCGGCACGGGCGCCGCCGCGCGCGCGGCGCCGCCGCCGCCUGCAGACGGCAGGGACACGCGCGGCGCCGCUGCCUACGCGCCGCCGGCCGCGGCGCCGCCGGCCGCGGCGCCGCCGGUGGUGCGCCAGCAGGCGUCCAUCGGCGGCGACGAGUGA